ACCCAAGUGCGUGACACCACUGGACUUUAUGGUAGGCUAUAAUAGUAAACAAACCCGUAUUCGUUGUAAAGCAACCAUUGGAGUCAGAUAAAUCUCAUUAUAAUCAAACAUUUGCAGACUUUAAAUCCUCCAUAACCCACUCGUGGCUCUGAAGUCUUCCCAAACAUGACCAUCAUCUCGGAUGGUGGUGAUGUUGUUGAUGGAGAUAUGCGUGCUGGCACUUCAUGUCAAAAGACAUCUAUCUCUAUCUUUCAGUGUCAGAUCAGCCGGAGAGAAGAGCCCAGGAUGAAAAGCACUGGCUUACUACUAGGUUACUUUUUGAUGAAAGUUCUCGUGUGCGACGCAGUGGGAGAACCCGGGAAGAACCUGGACGCUUUAGUGACGGCGUCGGGGACUAACGACUCCCGAGACGGAGAAAACGGUCUCUCCGAGACCCCUCACACGGAGGACAGGUGUCGGGGUUAUUAUGAUGUGAUGGGUCAGUGGGAUCCUCCGUUCGUGUGCCGGACGGGCAGUUACCUUUACUGCUGCGGGACCUGUGGCUUCAGGUUCUGCUGCGAGUUUAAAAACUCCAGGUUAGAUCAGACGACCUGUAAAAACUACGACACACCACCGUGGUCCAUGACGGGUAGACCACCGCCAAAGAUGAUGGACCAACACGAUCCUACUAAGGAUAAAACUAAUUUGAUUGUGUAUUUCAUAUGUGGAGUUGUUGCUAUAAUGGCGUUGGUUGGGAUAUUCACCAAACUUGGUUUGGAGAAGGCGCAUCGACCACAUAGGGAGAACAUGUCCAGAGCCCUGGCCCAGGUGAUGCGCCAAACCGCUCCAGGAGAACACAUAGAGAGGGAGGAGAGUUUGGCUGUGCAUGGACAACACUUUGAGAACAUGCAAGCCAGAGCAACAGGAAACAACCUGCAGGGUGGCCAGAUGAACAGUGUGGUAUCAGGUUCUUCUCUGAUGCAAACCAUGACACAGUACCCUGCCGUUGGACAGGUAUCCCACCCAUAUGAGGCAUCUCAAGCUGGAAAGGAGCUUAACAAGUACGCUUCACUCAAGGCUGUUGCUGAAAAAGCCAGUGAAAACUUCUAUACUAACAGACGGCACUUGGCCGACAUGGCAGCAAAAGGCACUCUUCCUCUGCACUCUGUGAGCCUGGAGCAAGAGCCCACCAACCCGUACAGCCCCGAGCUGCCCUGCCAAAAGCAGAACGGACACAAGUCCAAAAGCUCCAGGGUCCACAGCUCCCACCCGCUGGAUUUUGGCUCCAACACCAUUGCCAACCCCGGCAUGCUGAAGGGCUGGGAUGCAACAGAGACAUUGGGCCAACAGCACGCUUAUGGCCCCAAGAAACAAGGGACCACCAUGGAGCAAGUGAACAAGCUGAUGUCCGCUCACAGCCAGCACUACCUGCCGCCACAUCCGUACUUUGUCACCAACAGCAAGACUGAGGUGACCGUGUAAAAGGGGCCACAACUCUAGGUUUCUCAAGCCCAGCUCGGAGUGGAUCUGUGAAACAGAGUAUGAGGAUAACAGAGAAAGCGUGAUGGUGGAAGAAGUGUGGAUUGGGACCCUAUCCUUAUGGAAAGAUUGGCCAAGCAGUUUGGCUCAAGAUCUGCAGGGCCCAUUCUCUGUUGGGUGUCUGUUUGCUGUUUGUCUUUGAACAGUGGUGCAUGGAACAGGCCGUACAUUGGACUUCUGCCUCAUUUGAAAGGGAAAGCGUAAUGUUAUAUACUCUUUCUGUGUCCAUUCCGUUUCAAUUCAAAUGUAUAAUCUGACCUGUAGAGAUAAGGCACAGGGACAUCCACACAGUGCCAUCCAUCGAAGUGAUGAGAAAAAAUUAGACAUUCAAUGCAAUCAAACGUACAUUCAGCAUCAAGGUGAGACCGCAAUCAUUUCCUGAAACAAAUGUUUCUCAUCAACCCAUAUUGAACCUGAAAACUUGUGCAGCCCUGGUGAGAAGACACUUUGUUUUUUCUCAGAAUCUUGUACAUAACAGAAAGUUACCAAGGACAUUUAAGCUUCCUCAAUUAGUCAAAGAACAUCUAAUAAUCAGUCUGGAAGAUAAAAGAUCACAUAAGGACAAUCGUGUCUCUAGUUCCUCUCAAAGACUUUCCAUAGUGCUUGUACUAAAAACCUCCUGUAGCAAUUUAACACACUAUAUUCCGACAAACACUGGGCUCGUGCCUUUCCAAAAAGAGAAGAAAUCCUUAUCUAAGAGCUCUUGCGCUUGUAAGCACAUAGUGUAUCUUCAAUAACAAAGAUGCAUAAAAUAUAAACAAAUCUAUUAUUUAAUGCUCAUAUUUCAGUAGAAAAUGUUAAUUGUCAGUGUUUUUAUCCCCUGUGUCACACCAUUUUUCUCUGAUAUGUUCGCAUACUGUAUGACCCUAUCUGUUUGUUAGUGCAACUGUAGAUGGUAGAAUUUGAAGAAAGUAGGAUUAAUGAUAAGCGUUCAUAAUUUUCAAUGUUAGUUAUGAUAAAGGUGAAAGGCUACUUUUUUUAUCUAAUACCGGACAUGAUUGUUGUAAUUACAACAAUUUCAUCACUGCAUUCCCAAUCUGGGGUGCAUUUACCAAAAGCAUAGUUAGCCAAAUAUGGUCGCAAGUUCCAUUGUUACCAACAUAGUUCAACGAUUUGGUUUUUCCCGAAACUGUAGUUCUGUAGCUCUUUACCAGUGGUUAGAAGCAUAGUUUAUUGUUAUUUUACUGUGUGGAAAUAAAUUCACUUCACUGAGGCUUCUACAGUGUAUCUCAAAUUCUAUCAAAACUGUGACCACAUUUACAUGCACUCAAGAAAACUGCUUAUUUGGGGGUUUUGCAGACAGUGCCGUUCUGAAACGUCGCAUAAACGCAGAUGAAGCCGUUCAAGGGAUUAAAGGCUGUUAAGAGAAAGCACUUUUUCACACAUGGUUUCUGUCAGAGAACACGGUUUAUGUGUCCAUGUUAAUGAAUAGGGUGCAUUGUUAUAGAUUUUUCAAGAGUGCACGUGUGUAUAUGCUCAAGUGCGUUGGGGGAACCCCGAAGUCUGAUGUAGAGGGAAACCCCAUAAUUGCAGCCCAAUAUACGUAUCUGUGGCAUUUACAUAUAGGGCACGGAGCUUUAAUUUCUACAGCAGCUUUUGCGUAUUAAACAGCUAUCUUGAGUACAUUUGUUUGAUAUCCACAUUAGUUAUUACUCCACCCCCUGUGUAACGUCAAUAACGACAGCUCUAUAUUGUUGAACCAACCUGGUUCAAACAAUGGAUGUGCAACAUAGUUACUACUUUUUCAGGAAACAGUCGUGACUAGCUAGUUAAUUUCUCCUACGAUGCAUCGUACUAUGGUGGUUAAGCAGCAUGUUUUGUAGUUGGGAAAUUCACCCCUGUUUGGUUUUGAUAGCUGAUUCAGUAGUUCUUUUUUUCUUUAUCAUAAUUUAGCAUAAGAACAAAAACACUACAAUAUAUCUGAAAGUAGUUGCACAGCAAAAUAAGCUGUGCUUUUUCUCAACCACACCCAAAUAAUUCAAAGUAUCUGGUUUUAAAGUUGAAGCAUACUGUAAUGUUGGUCACUUUAUUUGCUCUCGAACAAGUGGCUUUAUCUCAGUACACUUGUACUAUUUUCUAAAUAAAGCUGGCAGAUUGGCAGGCUAAAUUAUACUGACAAUAAAGACUUAUCUACAUAUCUAUUAGGACUUUUUUGCAAUAUCAUUCUCUUAUAUGUUGCCGGUAGGAAACUCAUUCUCAGUAUUUUCAGUAGGUGGUCACACUAGAUUUUGUGUUCUAUUCACCUCCAUUCCUACUAUGUGAAUGUGCAAGUGCAAAAUAUAUAUUUUUUUUAUUUUACUGUGUACUAAAGUUCAUGUUUGGUGAAUGCUAACUUGAGAAUUUUUAUAUUGAAAAGAUGUUUGAACAAUGAAUCUAAAAAUCACAGAUUUUCUGAAAAUCAA